AUUUCGAUAAGUAUUUAUGCGUGUUUAGAAAACAUCUCGAAAUGGUGUCACAGUUCGGGUCGCUGGAUGGGUCGAACAGAAGGCGACUUCUCCAGAGCGCAUGGUUGGACAAACUUCACAAUGUGCUUCACGCAAGAGGUUAUCGAUAUGAUGACAAAGCUCACUAAUGGCUCUCUCGGGGUAGUGCAUCAUCUAUCAUUACUUCGCAAUCUUCGAUUAACUCUGUUUCACAACACGUUACCACUCUUCAUCUCUGCGAUAAGCGCUGAGGGAAUUUCACAUUUUGAUGCCAUAUUUCAUCGUAUCCAUCCAAAUCCUCAGCCAUUUGGCAAUUUCAUCUUUGCAGCGUUUCAUUUCUCGAAGAAUUUCAGACGAUUGCGAGUAUUCCGCAAUUUGUUGCAUUUACAACUGAUGAUUGCAAUUUUGAUGGUUGUGAUCAUUCGACUUGUACUUUAUAUUGAUCUGAUAUUUACCGACCGCCUCGGUCCUGCGCAUACGCAUCCAGAUGGAAAAACCAUUAAUACAAUGGUAUUCGUAUGCGAAAUGAUGUUUUUUCUAUUGGAAUAUUUCAAAACGGUUGCCUUUGGGUGGAUGUUUUUAGAGGGAUUUUACUUGCAUAAUCAGCUCGUGUUCACUGUAUUUAACUCGGAACCUCGCCUAUCGCCAUACCUCAUCGCCGGAUAUGGCUUUCCACUGGCGCAUACAUUUAUUUGGUUGGGAGUUGUAGUAUACAAGAAACAAGGCAAAAUUGAGAGGUGUCUUGGGUCGUAUUACCUUGAGCCUGAAUUCUGGAUACUCGAUGGUCCCAGGAUGUUCGAGCUCGUUUUGAAUUUAUUUUUCAUUUGUAAUGUUAUACGGGUAUUGUGGACAAAAGUGCGCGAUACGCAUAACACGAGCGAGAUGGACCGAAUGAAGAAGAGUGUGAAAGCUGCUCUUAUGUUAAUCCCUUUGUUAGGCAUACCGAAUAUAAUGCAGACCAUUCCAUUCUCACCUACACGAGAAAACAUCAUGGUAGGUGUUGCGAUCUCUUCGUAA